UUUUGGUUCAUGCAUUGUAGGGUUAAAUAUCAAAAUUCUAAAAGGUGUGUCUUAUCCCUGACACCUAGAUGAACACUUUCCAGUUGGUUAUCUGACGGUAAGUCAUUCCCUUCAAAUGCUAUUGAAGUUAGAAUCGUGUAUAACAAUGUCAUAUGUAACUUUAGAGACGGUCCCUUAAUUUCCUCAUAUCCGUGAAUAUCGAACCUCCAACAUCACACCAACUUUAUUCCAGUAUGAAUAUCCCCCCCGCAUAAGAAUGAUCAGUUUUGUAAGACGUUUUGCUAAAAAGUUUGGGUUUUUUUUUUUUUUUUAAAUCUAUGUAUGGAGACCCCCUGUAGAUUAAAGUGAGCGCAUUAAUAUAAACAUAUGAUUUGAACUACAGCUGGAACUCUUGUCAGAGCCACACCUUCUGACCAAUCAGAUUCGAGCAUUCAGCAGCGCUGUAGUGUAAUGGUUAAUCAUCAGUAGCGGGAUACAGGCAGCCUGGGUGUUAAUCAUCACAGAAAACUAGCGAGUGUUCGACUGUAAACAGACAGAUCAAUCAACACGUUUCAAUAAUACGUACCGCAGUGCUAAUCAGUAGAGCAGUAAGUAGACAAGCGCUUGGAAUAAGUGCAGCACAAGCACAACACCGGCUGCUUUCCGACAGUGACGUCACGCACGCCAUGUUGAUUUUUUUUUUUUUUUUUUUUUUUUUUUCCGCUUUCCUUUUCAACAGCAGCCAUUAGCACGUCGCUUCGUGGUGGAUUUACACGCGCGGAAACAUGGAAAUUGACACCCUUCUUGAGGCUCUGAAAGGUUGUUAUUGUUUAUUUUAUUUACUAGUUAAGGAUUAAAUUUAUCGAGGCCGGCCGGUGGUGUGGAGACGCAGUGCUAGCGGCUGGUGGUGUUAUCUGUCCGCCGACUAAACCUUCACGUUAGCACGGCUACUUAGCUCCGUCGUUAGCGCUCGCCGCUAACUUCUUCGCGUUGCGCUUUGACUCGCCGCUUUGUCAUGAGUUAACCUGCGGUGUUUGUCCUGUAUGUAGUGUAGUCCUGUGAGUUCUCGCCUUGUGGGUUCACACAGAUACGGAGGUUAGCGGUUAGCUGCUAAUUGGUGGCUAUUCCGGUCUAAAGGAAGUUGUGUGACGCGAUCUAUCUGGCUGCGCAUUCGACUCUGCACACUAAUGAUUCCUAAUUAAACGUCUUAAUAGUAGGCGUAUUUAUUUAAUGAUUGAUUGAUUGAUUGAUUGAUUGAUUUAAUAAUCAAUUUUUCACUUUUUGAGCUCCAUGUUCUCACGCGUUGUCUUGUUUAAGUUAUACACGGUGUAGCUGAGGCUUUUCUAGUCUUUAAGACAAUGCCAUGUUUCAGUCCACUGAAGCCGGUAAUUAGUGACUAAACUUUUGCUUGUUUAUAAACUGAGAGCGGAGAAGCCGGUUAUCUGUCAGGGUUUAAUAUUUAGUCAGUAGGUUUAGGUUUGUUUGUUCUUGUCUGGAAGGAUAAACAAAGUGAAUGUAAUCUUGAGAGAGUCUCAAUCUGGGGUUAUUUAUUUUAUUUUAAUUUAAUUUUAUUUUAUUUUAUUUUAUUUUUUAUUUAUUUAUUUAUUUAUUUAUUUAUCUAUCUAUCAGUGUAUACACUGGAGAUGUAUUGAUCCCAUGAUGCUGUUACUGGAAGAUCGAUGUGUGAGUGAACUGAUUUCUUGCGUUUCUCUGAUGUCCUCAGAUUUCGAGAAGAAAGGGAAAAAGGAAGUGUCCCCGGUUUUGGACCAGUUUCUGUGCCAUGUCGCGAAGACCGGAGAGACCAUGGUCUCAUGGUUGCAGUUUAAAAGCUACUUUCUGUUCAAACUGGAGAAGGUGAUGGAGGACUUCAGAGCUUCAGCGCCAGAGCAGAGAGGACCUGCAAACCCUAACGUGGAGUCCAUCCCGUUUGAGGAGAUGAAAGAGAGAAUAUUGAAGAUCGUCAACGGAUACAACGGGAUUCCAUUCACUAUCCAGCGCUUGUGUGAGCUCCUCACAGAUCCCAAGAGGAACUACACAGGAACAGAGAAAUUUCUCAGAGGGGUUGAGAAGAAUGUGAUGGUGGUCAGUUGUGUGUAUCCCACCUCUGAGAAAAAUGGAUGCAGUGGCAUUAACAGAAUGAAUGGAGUCAUGUUGCCAGGUACCACAUCCAUAUUCACAGAAAGGAAAGUGAAUGGGCCUGGAACACCGCGGCCGAUGAACAGACUGAAAAUUUCCCCAUCUAGUUCGUUGGCCACGAAUGGUCUGCUGGACAGCACAGAAAACAAAGACUCAAACACAACUCCAGGCCACAGCAAACCUGUUGGUGACGUGCCUACGUCAGGCCUCGGAUCUCCUUUGAAUAGCUGCAUAAAGAACAAGCAUGCAGAAGAGGAAGAAAACCCGGAGGAAGAACAGCUGGAGGUGAAGAGGCUCAAGUUCAGUGAGGAGGGAGAUGAGGAGGAGGAGGAAGACACUGAAUGUGAAUCGGAUGACAAGAGCGUUCAAUCUGAGGGAGUGUGCGAUGUGUCGGAAAAUGCAGAGUCACCAUCAUCCAUGACACAGGAGAAUCAUCAAGGACACGAGGAAGAGCGGGAGGAUGCCAGUUCAUCGGCACCUUGUGAGGACCAAGAGCCGUCCAGUACACAAUCCGACUGUGCAGAGAGGGAAGUUCCUUCCGGAUCCGCCCAGGAACCCGUUGACAUGGACCAGUCAGAGCAGACAGCUCCCGCUUCCAGCCCUGAGAGGCAGGAGGUGGAGGAGGAGUCUAGUGAGCCGGACAGUAGCAGCAGCAGUAAUGAGCUUGCCGCCUCUUCUGACUCCACCCCCAGUGGUGCAGACUCACCCACAGAGGGCAGCGUGGAGUUGGGGGAGCUAGACUUAGAAAACACAGAAGAGCCUAUGGAGCAGGAUUAAGGAGCCUCCCAAACACAGACUUUGUAGCAUAAACAACCAGCGUGUGGAGAUUUGAGAACACACUAACAGUAACAGGAUGGACUCUUUAACCGGGGCCUCCAACAGCCUUUUGGUCCAGCGUCACCUACUUUUUCCAGCUUUCUUACCUGUUAUGGGUGGACACACUAUGCUGGUGUACAUAUGUGAUGUUUUUGUUUAUUUCCUUUUUAGUUUUGUAUUGAAGUUUAUUUUUAUUCUCUUUCAAUUACACCCCCCUCACCUUAGCACCACUGAAUGCAGUUGGUCUUCAAAGGCAUUUAUCCUUGUGUUAUAGUACAGCAGAGGGAUGAUGGUCUCUCACUUCAGUUGAUAUACUUCUAUACAGGUUGUAGAUCUGUGAGGGUUCUGGAGUGUUUAGUUUUCCCUCAGGUGUUUUUUUUUUGUUUGUUUGUUUUUUAAGUUCAUUUAUGCAGACUUUAUCUCCAGAACAGUAGAAUUUCCUCUUGCUUAUGCAGUUUCUCCAAAGACACAUCACUUAUUAGAGUUUGAAGCAAAGGCCAUAAUUAUUGGCUCAUAUUCGGGGUUUUUUUUUUUUCCCCUUUCCCUCCCACACAGUUUAGGUUGUCAGUUAAGGGUUGUUACAUCCGUCAGAUUGUCUGCAUAUGGACCCAUGUAGAAAGCGCGAUCAGCUAUGUAUUGUUUUAACUAUUACACAUCCCUCCCCCAUGUUGUCCUUUUCUUCCCUUUUUUUUUUUAAAGCUCUUGCUGUUACACCCCAGACUGUAAUAAAGGAAAGAGUUUCAUAUAAAAGGUACAUAUACUUAAUGGAAAAAAUUUCAAGUGAAUGAUGAUUUUUGGUUCACAACAAUAAUUUAUAUGAACAUUUCAAUUAAUCACUCUAUUUUUGAGAAAUUUAGAUUUUUUUUUUCUAAGCCAGUCUGAUCACUAGUCAGAUUGUGCUAAAACUGUUUGUGAAAGUGAACGUGAGAGGCGCUCGUGUCUAUACAACGCUGUCUCACCAGUUACAACUGACUGCCUCUACUGCACCUGUACUGUUUUGAUAUUUAGAUUUUUUUAAAUUUCUGUAGUUUUGUAGAGCAUUGUGUUCACUGCUGUUUGUGAUUCCAUAUUAUUGUAAGAUCUUUGUGUAUACUGAAUGCGUGUGCUUUCGAUGCAGUAUUCAGGUGAAGCAAUAAAUGUUCUGAUUUUAAAUGUGCAAAUGAGGUGUUUUCUUAUUUUUGUUGUUUUUGAUUAUCGAAGGCUUUCUACCUUUUUAACGUAGAUAUAAUUUAUUCGUAAGCAGUGAAUAGGAACUUCAUCUGCUGCAGUGCACACAUGAUUUGAUCCCUUACUGUCUGAAAAUGCAUAUGUAUGUGUGUGUGAACACUUUAUUAGGAACACCUGUGCACCUACUCAUUCAUGCAGUUGUCUAAUUAGCCAAUUGUGUG